GCGCGUCUGGCGGUUCGCGGUUGCGCCAACUGGUAGGAUGUUGCUAAUAGCCCGUGCAGAUGCACAGCCGUUCCCCACAACAAUAACAUCUAAAUUUGCAUCUUCACACCCUUGAAUCGAGUAUUACAUUUUCUAAACGCGCUCGGAAGCUGUGUUUUGGACCGAGGCACGCCGAACUUCAAAGUGGAUUGUUUGGUUCUUUAUUCUGUGGACAAUGGGAGCGGAGGGGUUUGCAGAUCUACAGGGCUCCCUUUUGCAGGACCAGAAGCGAGAAUCAUGGCUUGCCAGCUAGGCCGCCGAUGGAUUUUGUCGCCAUGAGCAAAUAUCCAUUGAUCAUCAAAUACUGGAUGUAUUUUCGGUGAUUGCACAUAAAAGUGGUGCUACCAGGCUCGCGUCUUUCUCUGACUUCUUCUGUUGAUAAGACCGAGCCCGUUAGCUUCACAACCUUGACUGGCUGACGUCUUGCGCGUCGUAGUUAGCUUUUUAGCUAGCUAGUGAUAGCUAACCAUCUUGCCGCUGGCCACAAUCUUUAGGAAUUCAACAUUUUUGCGGGAUUAGCACUCACUGCCGUGUAUCUCAAGGAGAUCAAACCUCAAAGUCUUUCCUGCAGCGUUUGCUUCUGAAUGAAUGUGGGACAAAAUGGAAACUCCGACGAUUGUGUACGAUCUGGAUACCUCUGGGGGCUUAAUGGAGCAAAUCCAAACUCUACUCGCGCCUCCAAAGUCCGAAGACGUGGACAAGAGGAGUCGAAAGUUGGUGAGAGACGUCCGGAGGAGCGGCAGAGCCACCAACCACGACACCUGCGACAGCUGCCGGGAGGGGGGAGACCUGCUCUGCUGUGACCACUGUCCCGCAGCUUUCCACCUACAGUGCUGUAACCCACCUCUGAGUGAAGAGAUGCUCCCGCCAGGUGAAUGGAUGUGUCAUCGCUGUAACGUUAGAAAAAAGAAACGGGAGCAGAAGAAUGAACAGACUAAUGGUUUACUGGAAAGGAGCUUGUCUAAGCGUUCAGCAUCCCCCGCUGUAGAGCUGGAGCCCACUGCUGGGCCACUGAGGCUCGAUGGUUUGCCUCCAGGAGCCGGAGCUGCAGGUCCUGGCCUAAGAGUAGCGCAGGUCCGCCUUCUGGACCGCAGGACCAGCAGCAGGCCAAGCAGUCGUCCCGGGACACCGACAUCCAACACAUCCUCUACCCCAACCCCAUCAGAGGAGCAGAAUGAUGGAGAGGAGGAGGUGGUGGAGCCAGAGGAUGAUAUUUCAGGAGCAGAGCCUGAGAGUGCAACGUCAGCAGCUCCAACACCUCGUCUCCUCAAGAGACCCUUUCAGCUCCUAAUAGCUGCAGCCAUGGAGAGAAACCCCACCCAGUUUCAGCUGCCGACUGAGCUCACCUGCACCACUGCGCUGCCAGGCAGCAGCAAACGGAGGAGGAAGGAGGAGCUCCUAGGGAAGCCUUUCAGAAGGCCCCAGCAUGAACUGGACACGAACGGACUCGUCCCUCUACCCGUUAAAGUCUGCUUUUCAUGCAACAGGAGUUGCAGGCUGGCUCCGCUGAUUCAGUGUGAUUACUGUCCGCUCCUCUUUCACAUGGACUGUCUGGACCCGCCACUAACAGCUUUACCCGCGGGCAAGUGGAUGUGUCCAAACCACGUUGAGCACUUGGUGCUGGACCAGAAGAGCCUGAGUUUGUCCAGUCGCUGUCAGCUCUUUGACCAGUUCCAGGACAGGGUUUCCCAGCACGCUGUCAAGUUGGACUUUCUGCGCCGAGCCCACCAGCGGAACGCUCCCAAUCGGCGCACGACUCACCCGCAGAACAGGAAAACCGUUAAGGUGCCAGAUGCCAUCAAGGCUCAGUACCAGAGUCCUCCCCCCAUGCUGCUUCCUGCAGGGGUGCGCCAGCUGGAGCUGGUCUGUAGCGGCGUUCCCGACCAUCAGCCUCAUAAGCACCAGACCACUGAGGCAGAGCAGGACGAGUGGCUUCAGGACAUCGUAGCCCUCCAGUGCAGCAUCAUGAGGCACCUCUCCAUCAGACAGAAGGCAGCGUCUUCAGCAGAGUGUGAUGGUGCCAAAGCACGCGUUGCACCAGAGGACCUGAACACCCGGGCCUCUCUGGAAAGGACUUCCUCCCCUGGCCCCUGCUCUAAGCCUGAACCCCCCCCAGGGGCCUUUAUUAGCAGAGACACCCUAGCAGGCCUGGCUGGUUGUAAAUGCAGCAUGGACCCGUGUCAGAACUGUAGGAGACCUAACGGACCUCUGGCAGAGCUGGAGCCAUCCAAAGCCAACGGACCAAUAGACUGUAAGAGUGCCUCCGACCCCUGCAGGCAGGAUGGGCUGCAGCGCACACUGAAGCCUAGUACAACCCCCCCAGACCCGGCUCCUGCCCUGAAGCCGGUCAACCACAUAGGAAGUGAAGCGGUUAAAAAGGAGCCUGAGACCUGCGCUCAGAAAAGCUGCCCUACGGUCUGGCCCCUCAGCAGCCAGCAGAACCACCGGGGCCCGGCGGAGCUCCAGGAGGAGUCCGUGAGCCGAGACGAGAAGCUUAGCUACUCCAUCACCAGCAGCUCACACUCAGACGCACCUAAAGGCAGCCAAGAACACGACCCGACCAAGAUGGAGCCGUCUUUACCAACUUCAGACGUGAAGGCGGGUCCUGCUCUGCCGCCCCGAGCGCCGGCGUCCAUCUCCAACCUGUCCUCCUGCAUGAACAACGACCGGGGAGACGGGAAGAUUGAACUGGACAGACUGGAUGCAGAGCUGAUCAAGCUGCUGGCCUAUCAGAGGAUCCAGCAGCUGUUUCCUCCCAGAGCUCCCAGUUCUUCACCUGUACCGUCCACCAGCGCUGCCUCCAAACUUCCGUCGCCCCCCCCUGACAGGCAGAGGAAGGUGCAGGCCCGGGCGGUUUUCUACCCGCUAACAGGAAGAGGAGGAGCCGUCAGCAUGUGCUACAGGACUCUAUACAUAGGAUCAGGUGCUGACAUGGACGUGUGCCUUACAAACUACGGUACCUGCAACUACGUAUCUGGGAAGCACGCCUGCAUCUUCUAUGAUGAGAACACCAAGCAUUAUGAGCUGCUGAACUACAGCGAGCAUGGCACCACGGUGGACAACGUGUUGUACUCGUGUGACUUCUCAGAGAAAGCCUCUCCAUCUUCACCCAGUGGCCUGGUGGCAAAGGUCCAAGGCAUCAUCCGUCGCAGUAGGAAGCGUGAGGAAGACGAGGGUCCCGGCCCCACGCUGGGCUGUCUGCCGCUCUGCGGGGUGAUGAGCAGCCACCCUCAGGGUGGGGCCGAGCCGUCGUGCAGCUGUAAGGCGAGCAGCUCCCGGCUGAUUGGAGGCAGCGGGGCGGGCUGGGAGGGAACGGCCCUCCUCCACCAUGGCAGCUACAUCAAACUGGGCUGCCUCCAGUUUGUCUUCAGCAUCACGGAGUUCGCCAGCGGGCAGCCCAAGGAGGAGAGCAAGGUGCUGCCCCCUGCUGGUUGCAGCAGCUCCAUCGCCCGCAGCAGUGCAGCCUGCUUUGGCCCCGCCUCCACUUCCACGCCACCACCCAGCUCGGCCACAGCGAGCAGCCCGUCCAGCCAGGACGAGGCUGACCUGGAGACUGGCCCCUCCCACCAAGUGCCCGUACUACGCUCCAACUCCGUUCCAUAGCGACACAGGAAGCACCCCGCCCGCGUAUUGUUCUGCACCUUCUGCAUCACGAGGAAGGGAAUGCUGCACAGCUGGAUGGUCAACAGGGAAAAGUUUAGUUUAUCUAACGGUUUCUAACUUUGCAUGAACUUGAAGUAUUAUCGACAAUCUCUUCUGUUUGUGAAUGACUGACCAACGUUUUGUUCACUUCAGACCGUUGGGACAAUAUUAUUUACCUGCGCUCUAUAUUACUUUUGCAAGUCUAUGAGUUCUGUAUGGUGUACCUUUAUCGCGUCAGUCGGCCCAUUUAGCACAGCUGUUUAUUUUUAGUAUUGAAUUCUACACGUUGUAAUUUCUUUUGCUGCGUUUGCACCACAGGUAGCUAUAAAUGUAUGAGAACAUACAUGCUUACACACUAUAUGUAAACAAUGUAAAUAUCUAUGAUUCAGGGCUUCUCAGUUGGAGGAACGCUGGAUUUCAUGUAGAUUUACCAUUUAUUGGUUUUUAACUGUACAGUCCAUGGGAUUUGUGAUACUGUGUAGAGUACCUGAAGUUUUGUGAUAAGUCUUGUUCUUAGUGUGUAUUUUCCGCUGUCGUCCAUUUGUAAAUACCGUAAUGUUUUAGCACUCAUUUUAACGUGCUGCUCUGUAUAUAAGCACUCUGACCGCACUUGCUUGUCUGUUAAAACCUGUAAAUACAGAAAGAUUUUCUAAUAACAAACUCAGUGAAAGUA